AUGUAUUAUGAAACAGCUUUGGAUCGUUGGAAAAGGUUCACUUACGUCGAGGAUCUCCCAGACGAACUCGGCCCCUUCCGCAAGCUGCUGGAAGAAUAUAGCAAAGUGCCCCCCAACGAAACUGAUGAACUCCUUGUUAGCACGCGUAAAAAGCUCUGGGAGGUAGCCAUGUAUCCGUGCAUUGGUCGAUGGAGCUUUCUCAAUUUGCGCAGCAUGCAAGACUCUCAUUUCAAGAUCGCAUUUGAUCGACUAAAACAGCCAAACGACCCUGAUACUGGGUCAAAUUCUGCAGAUACACUCCUUGAUAUUGGAUGUUGUAUUGGUCAAGUGCUUCGAAAGAUGGUGCACGAUGGAAUCGAGCCGAACCGGUUGUUCGGUACGGAUCUACACCCCGAGUUCAUUUCCAUUGGCACGGAGUUAUUCAAUGAUGAGGGAUGCGGCUUGACCUUCGUAGCUGGCGACUUGCUAGAUCCCGAGGACAAGGCUUUGGAUAAGUUGGAUGGCAAGAUCACACUCAUACAUGCGGCGAAUUUCUUCCAUUUAUUUACAUGGGAGCAGCAGGUGAAAAUUGGGGUGCGAAUAGUAGGAUUUCUAAAGCCUGGAACGAACGAUGCUCUGAUCUUCGGUAGGCAAAUUGGUACUCAUAGACCAAGAGAAAGAGACGGAAAAAAGAAAUCUUUCUUACACAAUCAGGAAAGCUUUCAGAAGUUGUGGGAUGAAGUCGGGAUGAAGACAGAGACUCGAUGGCGUGUGCAGGUGAGUAUCAGUGAAGAAAGGAGGGUGGAUAUUCCCGGAUUUGGGGAGGAAGACAGAUACACUCGGUUUGGUAUAUAUCAAUGUACAGUAUAG